CCGUCUCGCAAAGAAUUGCCGCAUUAACAGUGCCCUCUUUUGGACAAGCUGUCGAUGUUGCUUCUUUUGCAGUAUACAAGUAUUGUGUGCAAGUGUACAAUGUGUACGUAUUCGAACAGCUCUAGGUUUGGCCAGCCCUUCGCUGAAGGUGAAAAAUAAGUGUAGAAUGAGUGGAAAAGAAGCCAGACUGAAACCUGCUCUGCUUGGGGAAGCUGUGAGGCCUGAAACAGUGCAGAACCUCAAAUCAUAACAACAGAAGUCUUGGACAAAGUGAAAAGCAAUGAUGAACAUCAUGAACGUCAAUCCCGAAAUCAUCUCUGCGUACCUGUUUUACGCCACGGUGGUGACUUUGAAAACCAUGGCCAUGACAUUCGCGACCGCUUACCAAAGGAUUACUAAGAAGAUUUUCUCCAAUCCAGAGGAUGCUGCAAUGAAUAAUGGCAAAAUCGAUCUGAACAAUGAAUCCGUGGAACGGGUCCGCCGAGCUCAUUUGAACGACAUGGAGACAAUCUUUCCAUUUCUGUUCCUCGGUGCUGCCUAUUGCACAACCGGUCCUUCCACUUUCGUCGCCAUCAAUUUGUUCCGAAUAUUCACUUUGGCCAGAAUUGUGCACUCCAUUGUCUAUCUAUUUCAAAUGCCUCAGCCUUCCAGAUUCCUCGCCUUCUUGGUCAGCAUUUUGUGCAAUAUCUUCAUGGCCAUGGUCAUAUUCUUUCAUUACCUGUAAGGAAUAAAUAUUUCCAAACAAGAGUAA